GCCCUGAUUCCGCUAUCGAUAUUCACGAUUUUACGCGACCACCAUUCUCCCACCAUCUUUUCCACAAACCCCAUCUUUUAUACAAUGGAUCAAAUGGAGCAACAACUGGCGCAGCUGCUCGCCAACACGCAGCUUCCCGACGAGGGCCCUCGCAAACAGGCCGAGCUCGAUCUCUCCCACGCCAAAGCAAACCCCGAUUUCCCGAUUGCGAUCGCCCGCGUCGGUAUCAACGCCUCGUUCCCCGUCAGCAUUCGCCAGUCUGCCUUGACCUACCUGCGUCAGUUUAUCGAGGACAACUGGAGCCCAGACGACGGCGAGGCCCCUCGUUUCCCUAUUUCAGAUCACUACAAGCACGAACUCAGGGAGGUGCUGCUUGCCCUCUGCCUGGGAAGCGAGGGCGACAGAAAGGUCAAGGUUGCCACCAGUCUGGUCGUCAGCAAGAUUGCUCAGGCCGACUUCCCCGACAGAUGGCCUACCCUGCUGCCCAGUGUUUUGGGUGUCAUGCCAACCGGAACCGACGACCAGCUGCACGGUGCCUUGCGCAUUCUUCAAGACCUUGUCGAGGAAAGUUUGACUGACGAGCAAUUCUUCGGCACCGCACGCGAAAUCAUUAAGGCGUGCUACGAUGUCGCCCUCAACAACGAACGCAAACAAAACCAUCGUGCCCUGGCUGUCGUGGUGUUCCGUAGCUGUUUCGAUCUGAUGGAUAUGGCCAAGGAUGAUCACAAGAAGGAAGUCACCAGUUUCGCCCAGGAAAUCUUGGCCGGCUGGCUCCCCUUCAUGGAGCUUGUCAUCAACUCACCACUUCCUGACCGCGAAGAGGCCGGUUCCCAGCCCCAAAGCUGGUAUGGCCCCAUCACACUCAAGGUCCAGGUCGUCAAGACCCUGAUCAAGAUCAAGACCGUUUUCCCCUCUUUGCUGCUUCCCCACAGUCCCACCUUCUUCAGUGCCGUUUGGCAAGAGUUGUCGAGACUUCAGGACGCUUACCAGGACUUGUUCAUCAACAACGAAGUUCAGAGCCGCCUGGAAGACAGCGAUGGUCUACCCUAUACCCUCGACUUCCUGGUGCUGGACGAACUUGACUUCCUCAACCAGUGCUUGCGUGCUAGCCCUGUACAAAAGCACCUUGAGGCCGACAUCAAGGCCCAACCUGACAUGUCCAAGAUCGAUUGGGUCAUGAAGCUCAACCAGUUGUUGGUCUCGUACUCCCAGGUCACACAGGAGGAGGAGGGCCUGUGGGACAUUGAUGUGUCUUUGUUCCUUGCCGAGGAGACCAGUGUCAGUGCUAACUACACUGCCAGAACGGCAUGUGGCGAUGUGGUUGUCAAGCUCGGCGAAUGGCUCGGGCCCAAGGUCUUCCAAGGCCUUUAUGAGGUUGCCAAGACUCUCUUUGGUAACAGCGCCAACGCCAAUAACUGGCGUGAGCAAGAGGCUUCGCUGUACUUGUUCAACUGCGCCUUGAACGACUUUUUGGAUUGCGAGAAGAGUGUUCCCGUCGAGGUUACUAACCCCUACGGAGAAAUCAUACAAUACGCCGUCAACAGGCAAGAUAUGCCUGUCUUGUGUGCUCGAGGAUUCCUGGCUGGAGCUGCGCUAAGCCAGGCCGCCGGCAGCCCGGCAUAUGGUCUUCUUGAGCAAACCAUCAAGACUGUUGGAAGCUCUGACUCGGAGCUUGUCCAAGUCGCCUGCAUCAAGGCCAUGGACGGCUUCCUCAGGUCCACCCUUGAGCCGCAGUACCAAGGCCACAUUCUCCAAGCUAUCCAGGGCUACCUGAGUGGACUGGAUCUUACCUCGUUAGAGGACUCGGACGACCUCCUAGUAACUAUCGUUGAGACACUCAAGGCAGCCAUUGCCGUGGACAUGCGCACAGUUCUCCAACCUGAUAGCACUGCUCUUGACAUGCUGCUCACGCUUGGCAAGCACGGUGCCGCCAACUAUCAUGUAGAAAUUAGCGUUUGCGAAGCGUUCGAGGAGAUUGCUGAGGCCAUGAAGGACGCCACUGCUUACCCAGCCUUCUGCGCCAAGGUCCUGCCAUCUAUCACUGGUGCUUUUGACGUGGCCAACGUCACUGGAGACGACCCGCUUAUCAUUCUUGCCGUCGAGCUACUGUCGAUCCUUGUCGAGUUUGGCGUAGAGCCUCUCCCUGCUGGCUUCGUCGAGCACACCCUCCCUAAGCUUGCCAGGCUUCUGAUGUCGUCGACAGAAGGAGAGGUUCUGCGUCCCGGCACGCAGGCCGUCAAGCAUAUGCUCAUGCAUGAUCACCAACAAGUGUUUGCAUGGAACGAUGAAAACGGCCGUUCAGGACUCGAAGUCUGCUUGAUGAUUAUCGACCGACUUUUGGACCCUACUAUGGAGGAUAAUGCUGCUUCAGAUGUUGGUGGUCUCGCGGCAGAGCUGGUCGAGAAAGCUGGUCCUCAGCGUCUCGGACCUUAUCUUGCCCAGCUCCUCAGGGCGGUUGCCGCACGUCUACACACCGCUCAAGAAGUGGCCAUCAUUCAGUCGCUUAUUCUUGUCUUUGCGCGCCUGUCUCUUACCGUGGAAGGCGCCCGGGAUGUCGUCAACUUCUUGAGCGAGACUCCUAUUGACGGCCAGAACGGACUCCAGAUUGUCCUUAGCAAAUGGCUCGAGAACUCGGCCAUCUUCUCCGGAUACGACGAGAUUCGUCAGAACAUCAUUGCCCUCUCCAAGCUGUACGAGCUUAACGAUGCGCGCGUCAAUGAGACACUGGUUAAGGGCGAUCUCAUCAUCAACAACGAUACCAGAAUCAGAACCAGAUCAAGGGCCAAGCAAAACCCCGACCAAUACACCCAGAUCCCCGCCCCGCUCAAGAUCGUCAAGGUGCUCGUCGACGAGCUCGGCGCCACAGCCGGUAACUACUCCGGUGCGCGGUCCGCGGCCGCGGCCCAAAACGUGGAGGCCGAAGAGGAAGACGAUGACGAGGAUGACGAGGGCUGGGAGGAUGAGCCCGAUGUUCUCGAUCUCGGCCUCGGCUCCACCAAGGCCGAGCUCAUGGGCUGGGCCGAGGGUAACAACGCCCUGCGCGAUCGCGGUGAUGACGAAACCCGCCAGUACCUGGUGGAGUUCUUUGUCCGCGUUGCGACGGAGAAUAUCGGCAACUUCAAUGAUCGCUGGUAUCAGCAUCUGAACGAGGAAGAGAAGGAGAAUCUGCGGGAACUCGGCUCUCAGUAGAGGGAGAGCGGCUUAGGCAGUGUCUGUCACCAGCGGCGCAGAAAUGUGACGAGCUUCGAUGUCCGAGGGACCACCAUCCAUGGUCUGUCAGCAUACGGUGUACAAAGGUUAUAGGGAUGAAGGGAAGGGGUUGAAAAUCGGUGGAUGGACGUAUAGGAAAGAGUCGCGUCGGCUGGACUUCUUCUCGUUCUUGUUAAGGAGGUUUUAUUCUAUUCAUCAUCGCUCUGCGGCGUGUUCUGUCUGUUAGCGCU